AUGGCUGCUAUAACAUUAUCUAACGGUGGCACGCCUUCUAAAUUUCAGAGGCAUUAUGACUUCCCAGGAAUCCCUUCAUUGUACAAUUUUCGUCCAGUUGAAACCAAGCAUGCGAUUGAUUCUAAAAGAUUAUUAUUUCGAUCGUCUCGUCCGGAUGUGCUUCACGUUGACGAAGUAGAGGAGUUCAUGGGUUUAGGAAUCAAGUGCAUUAUUGACCUUCGGUCUCAUCAGGAGUUUUCCUUUGUAGACGGUAAUAAGUACUUGCAGACGAAAGGUUUUUAUAGGACUUGUGUUGUUGACUUGCCUAAGAAACGAAAUUACAAACCUGCAGAAGAAGUUUCGUGUACUGCAAAAAAUAAAUUGAACAAAGAGGAAGAGUCAAGCACACGUACCCAUUUUUUGAUAAAUUUCUUUCAGAAUGAAUAUAUAACCAACAUAAUCAGCAGAGCACCUUGGUAUGUGAAAAUCUUGUCAAUCUUUGUUUUGCUAUUUGACGUGAUAUUUCAGACACACUACUAUUACUUGGUGCGGUUGUAUGGAUAUUUUGUGUUGAACCCGGCAGGACUAGCCAGCACAUACAUCGACAUUUUGGAGCUAAGCCAGGCCAGUAUAUGUGCAGCUCUCAAACUACUGACGAAGAAGGAUAACCUUCCUGCUCUCCUAAACUGUGCUCACGGAAAAGAUCGUACUGGAAUCAUGUCGGCAUUAAUCCUGCUGUUACUCGGAGAGACGACAGAAAACGUCAUCCAAGAUUACACUGCAUCAGAGAAAGCACUUGAGCCGAUAAAGCCAAGACUUCACGAUGAAAUAGUCAAAAGAUUCAACUGGGAUGAGUCGUUCAUGUAUGCGAAACCAGAAACGUUACAAACUGCCCUCAACCAUAUCCACGACAAGUACGGAUCAGUGGAAAACUACCUGGAAUCCAUUGGGUUCAGUCGGCAGGAGCAACAAUGUCUUAAAGAAAAUUUUGGGUACAGUUUGGACAAUGGGGACCAGCGCUUGAUAUAGUGAGAUAUUGAUGUUACCUCUUCAAACUGCUUUAUUCCUCGUAUCUUAAAGAAAUUACUUACUACAUGUAUAUCUACUUAAGUCAUGAAACUGUGUUUCUGAUUUGCUUGAAACCUGCUUCAGUCAAACAAAAAGUUAUUCUGCCUUAGGGCAGUUAAUAAUUGUAUUCUCCUGAGGGAAAUUUACAACAAAUAUGAAGUUGAUUCUUUAUAACAGCACAGUAAUGUUUUGAUUUUAUCAACAAAUUGAUAACUAGAAUGUUUAAAUGUAAAUUAAGAUGUGUAAAUUUUAAGUGUUGUGUUUAUGACAUGUCGAUACUAUAAAAGCUGAAUGUGUAUGUAUGUAAGUAUGUAAAGAGAGUGCACAUGUAAGUUUUCUUUUCUUUGUAUGUACUCACAUAUAGAUAUAUUUACAUUUGCUCCGCAUUUCCCCAUUGACACAAUGCUAAGAGGCAGUUGCCACC